UGCGGGUUAUCAACUAGCGGUUAUUAUAACAACUAAGAUACCAUGAUUAUAUUAAUUAAUCAUAAAUAAUACAAACUAAACCUUUAUUACAACAUCCUAACCUUCGUACUAUGAACGAAUUUAACGAGUUGAAAAUCGAACCGGAGUGCGGACCGUUUUUAAAUGAGCCAAAAAAUUAAAUAGUACACGUAUAAUAAUGUGUUAGAUGUAAUAUGAAACCAAAUAGCAACUUUUUAGUCAUAUGAAAAAGAACCAUGCAACGGCGGCGAGAACGGAUCCGGAGACAGAGAUCUCCAUCGAUGAGGCUCUUCCCGUCGGAGCUGAAGCUUCGGGGCCUUCGCUGGCGGGUCCUUCAUCAGCGGACGAUGAAGGAGACAUGUUCGGAGUGGGAGAUGGCGGAGAUGAGGCGGAAGGCGAGUCAGAUGAGCUAGUGGGACCUUCGGAGCUAUCGCCAGAGCUUGAGUCGGGGCUUGAAGCCGGAGUUUUGGUCGAGGACGAUGUCGGAGGCUUUGCAUUGGCUCCACCACCUGAAGAUGGGGAAGCGCUAGGAGUAGCGGUUGAGUUCUUCUUGGCGUUGGUCGGAGCAGAAGCAGUAGGCGGCGAGGUCGGAGCCGAGGCGGUUGAUUUUUGCGGUGAUGCGGCGGGAGAUUUUGGCGAUGAUGCAGCGGCGGGAGAUUUUGGGGAUGGUGCAGCGGUUGCUUUUGGCGUUGAUGCGGGGGUGGAUUUUGGCGAUGCUGCAGCGGCGGGAGAAGGAGAUGUUGAGCUUUUGUCGCCGUUAGCUUUAGGCGCUCCCGCUGGCUUUGGAGGAUCGGCAGCGAAGACGGCUGUAAUGGCCAAGGCGGCGACGGCGAGAGGUAGGAGCUUAAGAGUCAUUAUGUAUGUAAGACUUUUUUUGAAUGCAGUAAUUAAUUAAUUUAAUUUCUUAUUAUUUUUGUGACCUGCGUGGUUUUAUAGUGAAUGUGAAAGAGAUUUUAAAGCGAAGAAAAGAGUUAUUUUGGAGAAAUGAACGAAGAAGUAAGUUUUUAAUUUAUAGGAAUUUUACAGAUUUGACCGUAGUUAUGAUUGACCGGGUCCAUCGGAAAUUGUCUUAAAAAUUUAAUGGUUUCACCUUUUGUUAGUAAAAGAGAGAACAUGUGGUGAUGGUAAUUUCAACUUUCAAAAGACAAUAUAGAGAACACUUGACUAGUGUAAUACUCAUGAAUUGUAGUGAAACUG